AAAGAAAGAGCCAGACAGAAAAUGAAGGCUCGGUCAGCAACAGGAAAACAGCGCAAAGAACACAUUCCAAGUAGACCCCGUCAGACAAUGAGGGGAGGGACAAUAUCGUGCACUUAAAAUAUGUAAUCUUACUUUGAAAUCAGGAACACAGCAAGUUUAGGUCGGAACUAACUCAGAUGGAGCCCGGAGACGCCGAAGAAGAUUGUUAGUUUUUCCCCCCUGCGGUAGGCGUCUAGUCCGGCUCCAGAAAGGCUCAUUCGUGCUUUUUGGUUUAUCAACGAUAGAUUCAGUCUGCGAUACAUCUCGAACUUAUGACAUUCACAUCAGCGCUUCUGAUGUGACCGGACGUUAUGUGUCAGGCAUAUUUUGAGGCAGUACUUUCUGUUCAAAUCGUUUUUUUGGUUCAAUGUUUUUUCGGCAGAUGCCAAUGAAGCGAGCGACUUAAUGCGCCAGUGAUUUUUUAAAAUCAUUUUUCAACAUCAACAGAUAGCAUACUCGUGAACUGAGUCGCGUUGUAAAAAUUACUCAACUCCGUAAGGGGAAGCAAAGGAAAACGAAAUGCUGCAGUCCUCUGGAAAUUAUUAGAUAUGCAGUUUUCAUAUAUUAAAGUACUCUAGCUCGUCCGUGUUUUUCGUUGGUUUGUUUUGUUUGGUUGUUCCUGACUUCUGGAAAGCAUUAGGACUUACGCCGCAUUAUAACAUGGGACAUGUGUGGCGUAUUUCGGAGCUGCAAGACGCUUUGGUGACUUCGUGAAGUGAGCGAGAGGAACGUACAACUUUCUGUUGAAGCCAGAGGAAAUUGACCAAAAUUGCAGAGAUGGGGCGAGCCGCUCUGUAUAAAGUGCUGUUAGUUGGGUGGAGUCUUUGGUCCUCUACAGCUCUCGCAGACCAAAGAUCUGGUGGUUCAUCUUCAGGAGCAGUGAGGCCCGGCGGGGGCCAGCUGCAGUGUGUGUGUGAGAACUCGCACAUCUGCAGCAACAGCACCUGCUGGGGUGACGUGUGCUACUUCACCAAGGUCGCUGGUCACAAGGAGUGGGGCUGCUUGAUGAGAGACCACAGGGAGCAGUGUUAUGCCUCUGGAAUCCCGGACCUCUUCGCUGAAUGCUGCUCCGACUACCCUCUCUGCAACGCCAACAUCCUGGUGCCCACUGACCCAGAUCCAGGAGUUAAGCCGAAUAAGGUGGAGGAGAGCAUGGUGCUGCUGGUGGGCAUCCCGCUGCUGGUCCUGCUCGUUCUGUCGGCGGCGGCGUGCGGGCUCGUCUGGUGGAGGCGGUCGCGGCGACAGUUCGCCCGCACUGCCCUCACCGAGGACGUCACCGCGCUCAAGGUGACGGGAGGACCAGACCCCACGUACGGGGAUAUCUUUGAUGAGUUCUGCACAUCGGGCAGUGGGACAGGCCUGCCUUACCUGGUGCAGAGGACCAUGGCCCGACAGAUCACCCUGGCUGAGUGCGUCGGUAAGGGACGCUACGGCGAGGUGUGGCGGGGCACAUGGAUGGGGGAGCGUGUGGCGGUAAAGAUCUUCUCGUCCCGUGACGAGCAGUCCUGGUUCCGCGAGACUGAGAUCUACAACACGGUGCAGCUGCGCCACGAAAACAUUCUGGGCUUCAUCGCGUCUGACAUGACGUCCAAGAACUCGAGCACGCAGCUGUGGCUUGUGACGCACUUCCACGAGCUGGGCUCCCUGUACGACUUCCUGCAGUACAGCACGCUGGACCCCGAGGGCUGCCUGCGGAUGUGCCUGUCGGUGGCCUGCGGCCUGGUGCACCUGCACACAGAGAUCCUCUGCACGCAGGGCAAACCCGCCAUCGCCCACCGCGACCUCAAGAGCCGCAACAUCCUGGUGAAGAGGAACGGCCAGUGCUGCAUCGCUGACCUUGGCCUGGCCGUCAUGCACUCCCAAACCAACGACUACCUGGACAUGGGGAACAACCCACGGGUGGGAACCAAGCGCUACAUGGCGCCUGAAGUUCUGGAUGAGACCAUACGGAUGGACGUGUUCGAGUCCUUCAAGCAGACGGACAUCUGGGCCCUGGGGCUGGUGCUGUGGGAGAUAACCCGCAGGACACUGGUUAACGGGAUUGUGGAGGAGUAUCGUCCCCCCUUCUUUGACGUGGUGCCCUCAGACCCCAGCUUUGAGGAGAUGAAGAAGGUGGUCUGUGUGGACCAGUACAGACCUAGCCUGCACAACCGGCUCCACUCGCACCCGAUCCUCUCCGCCAUCGCCAAAAUCAUGAAGGAGUGCUGGUUCCAGAACCCUCCGGCCCGCCUCACUGCCCUUCGCGUGAGCAAGACCCUCUCCAAACUGGACCAGGACCACGACUACAGCCCCAACAAGCUCAAGCUGGACCUCUAGACCCGCCAGGCUCACAGUCCUAUCCCCAAAAGACCAAAACUGCCCCGCCCUCACCUGCCACCAAACCACCCGCGUGGCCUUCAGCUGACCCCUACAGCACACUUCACAGUACCUGAUAUGCAGCCUGAUGAAGGAUAUUUAUAUUUUACUGCUCCUGGCAUUCCCUGGCUUUUUGGGCGUGGCAUCAUUCUAAAGGGCAUGGCACUUUGGCGGAAGCCCUUGGAGUGGCCAGCGAAGACAGAGGGGGUUUGAGGACUCCCCUGCCCUGCCCAGCGAGCCUCUGCCACCCUUGGAAGGCGGUCCAGGAGCACAGGAGUCUGUGUGGGGUGGUGUAAGUCUGCACUGGCACCAACACACAGCGUCUCUAGACUGCGGCCCGGCUGCUGCUCUUCCCCUGCUCCCAUUCCUUUACUUCAGAAAGACAUUCUGUUUCCAGGGUUCACGCCAUUUCCGCUACGGUGAAUCCACAGUGUCAGCGCUGUGUGAUAUUUACUGUAGAUCGACACGAUUUGUUAAAAGUCUCCGUGUGAUGAGAGUUGUGAUGAAAUGUCUGUCACCAUCGACGUGAAGCGAGGACGACCUGGGCAGGAGCAAGCAUGUGACUCUCUGAGGUAUCUGCGCAGAAACAGUGCGUGGCGCGAGGCUCUGCGCAGAUCGGUGCUAAAACAGGAACGCUGGAACCUCUUCUGAAUGGGCAUUUGCUGUAAUUCUAUACGGAUUCCACUGCUGCAGUCUGCCGAAGGGAACCUGGAAUAUUAACAUCUUUCCGUUCUGUUCACCAGCUUGGUCUUACUAAAAACACUUAAACCCCCUGUAAUUACCCUUGCACUCAUUUCAUUUAUACGGAUAUAUGGAUGACAGAGUAUUUCACACUGCCAUUGCUAUUUGCCAAUAAACACUCUCUCUGUAAGAGUUGCUCUAAGCUAAUAAACUAUCUUUAUAUCUAGGCCUUGAUAAGGGCAUAUACUUUGAACUGUGUUGGUUUUCCCGGUGUUCUUUUUUAUUCAUUUGUUAUUUGUGAUGCUGAUUGAUUUUAAACCUAAUGUCUUAAUUAAAAUAUAAUAUGCAAUAUUUUAUUCACAAAACGAUAUUGGUAAUAUAUUAAGAGAAAGGCUAAUUAUAAUCACUUGACUUCAUCCCAGGCUGAGAACAUAUACAGAAUGUUAAAGGGAAAUAAACAAUAAAUACAAGUUUCUCCCCUCCACUUGA